UACGUCUCAAGAGGAUAUAUAAAGGAAUCGAUAGCACCCAUUUACAAUGUGAAAACAUGAGCUUCAACGCGACUAACAAGGACAACUCGCCUUUCGCUCGACGACUACUUCUUGACGGAUUGCCCAGUAUCGACGCUAGUCAGCCAUCAUCAGCACAAGAGCGACAAUGGCACUCAAGAAUGUCCUCCUUCUGCUCACGGCUGGCCUCGGCGCCCUCGCCAGUCCGGUGAAGAAGACGCCCACAGAGCUUAAUGUGAAAGUAAUCGAAGGCUCGUCGAAAGACCUCUCAGCGCUCGAGUUGCCCCAAGCGAAUAAAGCCAUCCUGCUAUUCCGGAGCCGUCUAGGCGAAGACGCGACACACUCGCUCAUCGCGGACGACGUCGCAGCCGCAGACGUCUACUGGCACGACGCGCUGUCGGCCUCGAAAACCGGCAAGUUCGUCGGCGGGUCGAUGCGCGCACGCGGCUACGCGCCGAAACACAUCUUCAACGCAACGACCGUUGCCCUCUGGUUCUACUUCGGCGGCACCGGCUGGCCGAACGAUUUCCUGCAGUCCAGCCCGGAGCACUACCUCAGCUUAUCCGGCGCCGGCCUGCGCGAUCCCAAGGCCAACGUCGAGUCCAUCGAGAACUGGGGGCCCGGCCCGAUCACGUAUUUCAAGGGCAUUCCCGAGACGACGCCGGAUUUCAUCCCCGCUCUCCCGGAGUUCCCGGACACAUACAAGAGCUCGAACGCGCUGACCCUUGCGGAUGGGACGGUGUUCGCGCACUCGAUUACGGCUUUCCGGGACUUGCCUGGGGGCGUGGGCGUCGAGAUUUACUCGGGUAUCUGGAUCCCUGAUAGUGCGCCGUGUGAGGUGGUUGAGGGCGUGAGGGCGCAUGUCACGGUUGAAUUCGCGAAUUGGUUGAAGCUUGCUUAUAAGAAGGCUAUUGCGGCGAAGUAAUCUUGGUUAGAUUGGACCGUUGGUUCGAUGUGUUGCUUAUGUAUUAUUACCUAUGUAAGAGAGUAAGAUGAUCAGAUGAAUAGUAAUAACAGCGCAUGUCUCCCGGUGCGCUGUCUUCUUAACCUAUGGCUGGUUCGUUGAUACGUGUGAGAAUUGAGCGACUUCAUUCACACAUAAUUCUAAAUGACAAUCAACUGACCUCAGUCAGCCAACUCGAUUUUAUUUUGAUUCAUCGCUUUCUUCGCCCUCAUUCCGAUUAGAGAGAGAGAGAAUACCGGGCCGCGCGGAAGCAUCCGAAAAUGAAGAGAGAUCCUAGGUUGCAUCCUAGCGUCAUCGCUCUCGCUCGGUCCCGAGU